ACGAAAAACCUAUAAAAGAAAAUCUUAAUUUUAUAACGACGAGUCGAGCCCAAGAGCGUCUUUCAGAUAAUUUAAAUGUAAAAAGUCUAAUUAAAAAAAUCAAAAAAAAACCGUGUUUAUAUUAGACUGUGAUCAUAUUUAGGUGCCAUAUUUAAAAUGUCUGUAAUGGGCGAACCGAGCUUUGCCGGAUGGGCCGCACAGCGGGCAGCCGGCUUUGGCGGUAAUAUGACCGUUGUGGACAAGGUAUUGCCAGAUAUGUUACAUAUGGUCGAUGCCUAUUGGUACCAAUUUCCUCCUAUGAAUCCAUUAUGGCACGGCAUUUUGGGUUUCAUGAUCGGCGUCUUGGGCUUUAUCGCCAUAGUUGGCAACGGGAUGGUUGUAUAUAUUUUUUUGGGGACUAAACAGCUACGUACUCCUUCCAACUUACUCGUUGUCAAUUUGGCUUUCUCCGAUUUUCUCAUGAUGGUUACUAUGUCUCCUCCUAUGGUUAUUAACUGCUACUACGAAACCUGGGUUUUGGGUCCAUUCUUUUGUGAAUUAUAUGGUAUGUUCGGAUCACUUUUCGGUUGUGCUUCAAUUUGGACAAUGGUGUUCAUCGCUUUGGACCGAUACAACGUCAUUGUUAAAGGAUUGAGUGCUAAACCACUGACUAAGAAAACUGCUUUGUUAAGAAUUUUACUCAUUUGGACUAUGUCCGUCGGAUGGACUAUUGCACCAUUAUUUGGCUGGAACAGAUAUGUCCCCGAGGGUAACAUGACUGCUUGCGGAACCGAUUACCUCAACCAAGAUCCGCUGAGCAAAAGCUAUUUAUACGUUUAUGGAUUUUUCGUUUAUUUCAUACCACUUUUCACUAUUAUCUAUUCAUAUUUCUUCAUCGUGCAGGCUGUAGCUGCUCAUGAAAAGUCCAUGAGAGAGCAAGCUAAAAAAAUGAAUGUGGCUUCUCUCCGUUCUUCCGAAGCUUCCCAGACUAGCGCCGAAUGUAAAUUGGCCAAAAUCGCUCUUAUGACUAUAUCUUUAUGGUUUAUGGCGUGGACACCAUAUUUAGUCACGAAUGCUGCGGGUAUUUUAGGAAAUAGUAAAAUCAGUCCUUUGGCUACUAUUUGGUGUUCGUUGUUUGCUAAGGCUAACGCUGUAUACAAUCCAAUCGUAUAUGGAAUUAGUCAUCCAAAAUACAGGCAAGCACUCGAAAAGAAGUUCCCGUCGCUUAUCUGUGGUUCGGCUCAAGAUGAUACGGUUUCCACUGUCACUGGAGUGACAGGUUCUGAUGAAAAACCGGGGGCUUAAACAUAAAGAAUUUUGUUUUUUACCACGACGACUGUUUUCGUAUUUCGGUGCACGUUAACUUGACGAUAUGAACAACAAAAACAAUAAUUGUAAAUAUGAUAAAAAAUAUAGCAGAAUACAUAAAAUGAUGGACUCGUAUUGUAUUUUUGUUAACAUUAAAUCUUGCAAGCAUG